AUGGCCGAUCAAGAUUCCUCAAAUCCCAACCCGGACUCCAACCCUUCCACCCCCAACAAGCCCAAACGUGCCCCUCCCAAACUGGGAAAAAAGACUCCAGCAAAGCAAGAGCAGACCCCUCCUCCCUCCGAGCAAGGUCAACAAGAUCAAGACCAAGCAGAUAAAGAUAAGACCGAGGAGAAAGAUCAGGAUCAGGAGCAAGAAUCUGAGCAAAAGGAAGAAAACCAAGAGCCUGAAUCUGAACCUGAACCUGAAUCCCUUCAACAAGAACCCGACUCGGAUAACGAGAAGGAAAAUACCCAGAACGGCAACGCCCAGCCAGAAAAGAAGCAAGAGCGCGAACCUGAGCCCGAGCCCGAACCUCAACCUCAAAAAGAAGAACCUCGUCGUCGUCGUCGUCCGCGCCCACCUCGCAGACAAGACACUGAUACCGAAUCUGUUCCCCGCAACGACAUGGACGCUCAACCCCAGCAACGCCAGCGCACUCGCCGCACCCGCCAGCCACAGCAGCAGCAACAGCAAGGCGGCGAAGGUGGCCCACUCGGUGGUCUCGGCGGCGUCGAUCAAGCCGGUCAGCUAGUCCAGAACACAGCCGGCAAUGCCUUGAACGGAGUCACUGGAUCUGCCGGGAAAGCUGUCGGCGGCAUUCUGGGCGGAGGCGAAAAGGAGGAGAAGGAUGAUGGAGGUCGGGACGAACAGUUGCGUUUGCGACUGGAUUUGAAUCUUGAUAUUGAGAUCCAGCUUAAGGCUAAGAUUCAUGGUGAUUUGACUUUGGGUUUAUUGAAUUAA